ACUUUCGGACUGUGCGUUCCAGCUUACUUCCGUAUUGUGCGUUCCACAUACAGGAAGUGGGUUUUCAUCGACUGUUGCAGCCUCCCAGUGUCCGUGGAGAUCAGGCUCUUCCACAGAUACGGAGACAGUUCCACCCGAGGGGGAGUAUAUAGAGGAACACAGGGGUCUGUACAAGGACGUGAUGAUGGAGAAUCACCGGCCCCUCACAUCACUGGAUGGACCCAGUAACAGAGAUACCCCAGAGAGAUGUCCCCGUCCUCUCUAUUCCCAGGAUUGUACAGAGGAGAAUCACAGGAUCCCACAGGAGGAUCAGGUAGAACGUCUUUCUCGUAUAAAGGCAGAAGAUAUAGAGGGAGAAGAAGAGACGUAUGUGACUGAUAUGAACGCAGACGAUAUAGAGGGAGAAGAAGAGACAUAUGUGACUGAUAUAAAGGCAGAAGAUAUAAGGAGAGAAGAAGAGACGUAUGUGACUGAUAUAAAGGCAGAAGAUAUAGAGGGAGAAGAAGAGACGUAUGUCACUGAUAUAAAGGCAGAAGAUACAGAGGGAGAAGAAGAGACGUAUGUGACUGAUAUAAAGGCAGAAGAUAUAGAGAGAGAAGAAGAGACGUAUGUGACUGAUAUAAAGGCAGAAGAUAUAGAGGGAGAAGAAGAGACGUAUGUGACUGAUAUACAGGCAGAAGAUACAGAGGGAGAAGAAGAGACGUAUGUGACGGAUAUAAAGGCAGAAGAUACAGAGGGAGAAGAAGAGACGUAUGUGUCUGAUAUAAAGGCAGAAGAUAUAGAGGGAGAAGAAGAGACGUAUGUAACUGAUAUAAAGGCAGAAGAUACAGAGGGAGAAGAAGAGACGUAUGUGACUGAUAUAAAGGCAGAAGAUAUAGAGGGAGAAGAAGAGACGUAUGUGAGGGGUGAUCAGCAGUGUAAGGAGGAGGAGAUCCCUACAGAUAUCAGCAGAGCAGAUGGACACACAUGCAGGAAUAUCUCAGAAGGACAUCUAAUGUUAUCCCCGGAUUGUGACAUAAAAGAAAAUGACAGUAUACAGGAUUCUCCAGGAGCUAACCCCAUUACCCCAAUUAUUCAUCCAGCUCUAUCAGCUGAUCCCUCUGAUCCUGGGAAAUGUUCUCCUGAUCACUCUAAUAUUGGUGCAUCUGAUACAGCUCUGAGAGUAGAUACAGUGUUUCCCUGUUCUAUAGAUGCCAGAUGUUUUGCACAGAACACAAAGCGUAUUACCAAUCAGCCAGUUAAGGCAGGUGAAAAGCCAUUUCCUUGUUCUGUGUGUGGGAAAUGUUUUACAUAUAAAUCGGCUCUUGUUACACAUCAGAGAAGUCACACAGGUGAGCGGUCAUUUCCAUGUUCUGAGUGUGGCAAAUAUUUUACAUAUAAAUCAAAUCUUGUUAGACAUGAGAGAAGUCACACAGGUGAGAAGCCAUAUUCCUGUUCUGAGUGUGGGAAAUGUUUUACACAGAAAACAGCUCUUAUUGGACAUGAGAGAAGUCACACAGGUGAAAAGCCAUAUUCCUGUUCUGAGUGUAGAAAAUGUUUUGUACGGAAAUCACGUCUUGUUGCACAUCAGAGAACUCACACAGGUGAGAAGCCAUUUCCAUGUUCUGAGUGUGGGAAAUGUUUUGCACAGAAAUCAGCUCUUAUUGGACAUGAGAGAAGUCACACAGGUGAGAAGCCAUAUUCCUGUUCUGAGUGUAGGAAAUGUUUUGCAACUAAAUCAUUUCUUGUUAUACACCAGAGAAGUCACACAGGUGAGAAGCCGUAUUCCUGUUCUGAGUGUGGGAAAUGUUUUGCACAGAGAUCACAUUUUGUUAUUCAUCAGUAUGCUCACACAGGUGAGAGGCCAUUUUCCUGUUCUGAGUGUGGGAAAUGUUUCGCACAUAAAUCAGUUCUUGCUACACAUCAGAGAAGUCACACAGGUGAGAAGCCAUAUUCCUGUUCUGAGUGUAGGAAAUGUUUUCCACAGAAAUCACUUCUUGUUAUACAUCAGAGUAGUCACACAGGUGAGAAGCCACUUCCAUGUUCUGAGUGUGGGAAAUUGUUUUCAUCGAAAUCAAAUCUUAGUAGACAUCAGAGAAGUCACAUAGGUGAGAAGCCAUAUUCCUGUUCUGAGUGUAGGAAAUGUUUUGCACGGAAAUCAUCUCUUGUUAUACAUCAGAGAAGUCACACAGGUGAGAAGCCGUAUUCCUGUUCUGAGUGUGGGAAAUGUUUUGCACACAAAUCACAUUUUGUUAUUCAUCAGCAUGCUCACACAGGUGAGAUACCAUUUUCCUGUUCUGUGUGUGGGAAAUGUUUCGCACAGAAAUCAGCUCUUGUUACACAUCAGAGAAGUCACACAGGUGAGAGGCCAUUUUCCUGUUCUGAGUGUGGGAAAUGUUUUGUACGGAAAUCAGCUCUUGUUACACAUCAGAGAAGUCACACAGGUGAGAAGCCGUAUUCCUGUUCUGAGUGUAAGAAAUGUUUUGCACGGAAAUCAGAUCUUGUUCCACAUCAGAGAAGUCAUACAGGUGAGAAGCCGUAUUCCUGUUUUGAGUGUGGGAAAUGUUUUGCAUAUAAAUCAAAUCUUGUUACACAUCAGAGGAGUCACACAGAUGAGAAGCCAUUUUCCUGUGGUGAGAAUAAAUCCGCUCUUGUUGAACAUAUUAGACAUUACCCAAGUACGGAACCAUUUAAAUCUUCUGGAGUAUAAUUAUCACUGUCAUGCAAUGUUCGUUAAGAGUGAAUCCUAUCUCCUAUGCUUUAUAAAAUAUACAUGCUACCACUGGGUGAUGUAAUCAGACGUCAUGGCCUGGUCUACCACUGCUAUGCAGAUGACCUGCUUUUUGCUCCAUGUACUGAGAACCUAAUACCAAUCCUAAAUAGUUGUCUAGCUGGGCGCCAGGGGUGGAUGAUGCCAGCCCAGCAUUACAUGGUCCAAGGUACCAGAAGCAGCUUCUGCCUCCUUACUGCCCUGCUGGCUUCUACAGAUGAAAGACUGUUACCAGCAGUACCAAGAAUCUCCUGUAAUUCAGUAAUUCAUUUAAGGGUUGAACUUUUAGCUUUGCAGCCCUGACCAUGGAACUCACUGCCUUGCACAGUCCAAUAGGCCUCCACUCUAGAGACCUUCACAAACAGACUAAUGACUGUUACUCACGCUUUUCAUUAAUGUACCUCUAUUUACUUCCUAAAUAAUACAUCCCAAAUGCUUAGGUCUUUUUUUCUGCUGUUUAUUUUGUAUCUUGUGCUUUGUGUAAAUGUGAAUGUCUAAUACCAGUUUGCACAAUCUGUAUUGCUGCACGACAAUAUGGCGGCCAUUGGAACGUGUUUUCACUUCUUCUAGUUUGCCUAACUUGUUGCAGACACUCAUCUUGAUCAGGAGUGUCGAGUGUUUUCUGAUACAAGAUCCUGUCCAUAUAUACCCUGUACAUUACCAUGUGCAUUAGAGUCACCCGGGUUCCAUCUGCGGUGGUUUGUUAUAUGUUACAUCUAUAUGGUGCGGAGACUCCCCUGUAUUUCAUAAUAAAAGCUUUUGUUUGCAUCUAA